UUUCAUGAAAUAAUCAUAUCCAUAGUAAACUAUCAUUGCUAUGCUUUUCAGAAAUAUUUCAACUUGCAAUAACAAAGAAAUUCUUUUUAUAAUGUAGAGUCACAUGCAUUGCAUUAUGUCACCAGCAUUAGUACAAAGCAACAAUGAACUAUUCUUACUACUUAGUAACGUCUGGAAUUUUAAUUCAAGGACUUUCUUUGAAAGCAGUUUUAUCUUUUUACGUAUUGAAAUUAGAGAGCUGUCCAAUAUUAAGUAGUAGCAGCUCUAUGACACAAACUGAACUUUUACAAGAAUUGACAAAUAAUUGUCGUUAUGAUAAAAUGACUAGACCACCAGGAGAAAUUAAUUCUACAGAUCCAAUUAACGUAUAUGCCAGGGCUUAUAUUUAUACAAUUAGAUCUAAUAUGGCAAAAACACUGCAAUUUGAUGUACAUAUGAUGUUGCAAUUUAGAUAUCUGGAUAACAGGUUAAAAUUUUCAAACAUUGCUCCAUAUUUAAAUCAACUAUAUGGUGGACAAUUUGCACAUGAUUUAAUUUGGACACCUACUGUAUAUGUUUCUAAUGAGCCCAGUUCUGCUAUAAUGGGAAAUAGUGUGAAAGAUAUACUUGUUUCAAUAGAUCCAUCAGGCAUGGUCAUACUGAAUACUAGGUUGCAAGUUACUCUUAACUGUGGGCUUCGUUUGGAGAAAUUUCCGUUUGAUGUACAAGAAUGUCCUCUUGUCUUUGAAAGCUGGACACACAAUGUGCAUGAUAUGGUGUUAUAUUGGGACCAAGAUCCAAUCAUACUUGCAGAUGAAUUACACUUAACUGAAUAUAAGCUUUUUGACAAAUGGGUUAACACAUCAGAAGUAUUUUAUACUACAUCGCAGCAACAUUAUGGUCAUUUUGCUGGUAAUUUCAGUUCAAUUAGUAUAACAUUUAAAUUAGCACGCGAGAUGGGAUUUUUUAUGAUGGACUAUUAUAUUCCAUCUAUACUAAUAGUAGUCAUUUCUUGGGUAUCUUUUUGGUUACAUAUGGAUGCAAGUCCUCCACGAAUAGUGUUAGGAACAAAUACUAUUUUGACAUUUAUGACUCUUGCAUCCAAAGUAGAGAAUUCUCUGCCAAAAGUUUCUUAUAUAAAAGCCAGUGAAAUAUGGUUUUUGGGUUGUACAAUAUUUUUAUUUGCAGCAAUGGUUGAAUUUGCUUUUGUUAAUACAAUUUAUCGACGGAAGAAAAAUGUUCCCUUGAAAAAAGUAAAUAGUAAAUACAUAUUAAAGUCAACGCUAACACCAAAACUGGCUCGAAAACAAUUUCAAAAGAACACUACAGGAUUAGAACGAUCACGGUCUUGGUCAUCACUUGAUAAUGCAAACACCAGUGAACAAGAUUAUUCAAGUCAAAAUUACCUUACUGUGCAUAGUUUUCCAAGUACUCUCAAUAUUCCUUCUGUUAAAAUUGAAGAAGAUAAAGAUCAAGAAUGUUCUAUUGGGAGCAUUAUGACUGUUAAUAGUACAUCAUCGCCAAAACCUUUUCAACGAAGAGCAACUCUUGCACAAUUACAUAAUUUUACAACAAUGACUCCACAAGAAAUUGCUCAAUGGAUUGACAGACGUAGCAGAAUUGUAUUUCCUGUGGCUUUCAUUAUAUUUAAUAUUCUUUAUUGGUCUUUUAUUUGGAUAUAAAAAUGUCAUAUAUAGAUUAAAUAUAUAAAAAGUAAUAUUUUUUUAUUACAUUGAAAAUUAGUAAGAAAUUCUUGAAUAAUUACGAAAACUAACGAGUUGCAUUUAUGUAAUUUAGCUGUAUAAACUUUUAAAUAGAAAAGUUGUCUUCUAUAGUA